ACAAAAGAGAGAGAGAGAACAAAAAAAAAAAUCAAAAUCUCCGGUGAUUCAGGAACCGUACGUCGGAGAUUGUUAAACACGGUGAGGGAAAAAAGAUGGCGGGACAAUCACGAAAAUGGAUGAUUCUCGUAGCGACGAUCUGGAUUCAAGCUUUCACUGGUACGAAUUUCGAUUUCUCGACGUACUCGUCGAAUUUGAAAUCGGUUCUAGGGAUUUCGCAAGUACAAUUGAAUUAUCUCGCCGUUGCUUCGGAUCUUGGGAAAGUUUUCGGUUGGUCAUCGGGACUUGCACUCUUGUAUUUCCCUCUUUGGACGGUUCUUUUCGCGGCGGCGAUUAUGGGUUUCGUUGGUUAUGGUGUUCAAUGGCUCGUCAUCACUAACGUUAUCUCUUUGCCUUAUAUUCUGGUAUUUCUAUGUUGUUUACUAGCUGGGCUAAGUAUCUGUUGGUUUAACACAGUCUGCUUUGUGCUCUGUAUCAGAAACUUUCCAGCAAACAGAUCACUUGCACUUUCUCUCACAGUGAGCUUCAAUGGCGUAAGUGCUGCUUUGUACACUCUUGCUUAUAACGCAAUCAAUCCUGUUUCUACAGAACUAUACCUACUCUUAAACGCUCUUGUACCUCUUUUUGUUUCAUUCGCUGCUCUCAUCCCUAUUCUUCGCCAACCGCCUCUUGAACCUCUUCCACCAGAUGGAGUUCGAAGAGAUUCUCUCAUGUUUCUCUUGCUUAACAUAUUAGCGGUCUUGAAUGGUGUUUAUCUGCUUCUCUUUCGUUCAAAGACUUCUGAUGUAACUUCAGCUCGUCUUCUCUUUGGUGGAUCAUUACUUCUCUUGAUUCUUCCUCUAUGCCUUCCUGGUCUAGUCUAUGCUCGUAAUUGGUAUCUACACAAUAUCCACUCCAGUUUCCGUCUAGAAGGUUCUGGUUUUAUUCUUGUUGAUGUUGAUGAGCUUGAGAUGCAUAAAGGAAUGGUGACACGUGAAGCCAGCCUUGAAGGCUACCAGUUGCUAAACGAUGAUGUAGUGCGAGCUGUCAAUACUCCUGAUCAGAAGAGUUUCAUUGAAGAUGACGACGGAUGUUGUUGCACUAAGCUUAUUACAAGAAAUCAGCUUGGGAUGCUUGGAGAAGAACAUCCUUUAUCUUUACUCUUAUGCAGAUCAGAUUUCUGGCUUUACUAUAUAGCCUACUUUUGCGGCGGCACGAUUGGGCUGGUUUAUAGCAACAACCUGGGACAGAUUGCACAAUCUUUAGGACAAAGCUCAGAGACAACAACUCUUGUAACGCUUUAUUCGUCUUUCUCAUUCUUUGGUCGAUUACUUUCAGCAACACCAGACUAUAUCAGAGCGAAGGUUUAUUUUGCUAGAACAGGGUGGCUAGCCGUUGCUCUUUUACCAACCACAAUUGCUCUUUUCUUGUUGGCAUCAUCAGGAAGCUUGGCAGCGUUACAAGCAGGAACAGCUCUAAUCGGUCUAAGCUCGGGUUUCAUAUUUGCAGCAGCGGUUUCCAUAACAUCUGAGCUUUUUGGACCCAACAGCGUCGGGGUUAACCACAACAUCCUCAUCACAAACAUACCGAUAGGAUCAUUGGUCUACGGUUUCUUAGCUGCUUUGGUCUAUGAAUCCCACAGUGUGGCUGGGUCAAAGACCGAGUCAGUUAUAUGUAUGGGACGAGACUGUUAUCUCCUAACGUUUGUGUGGUGGGGAUGCUUGUCGGUGAUUGGACUAGCUUCAAGUGUUGUUUUGUUUCUGAGAACUAGACGAGCCUAUCAACGUUUUGAACAAGAUCGUAUAACUUCGAGCAUGCUCUAUUCUUAGAAUUUUCUCCAACAAAUUGGGGGAAGAGUUGGAAACGGUGACUCAAACUUGUGCAGAGAUGUGUUAGUGCACAUAAGUUUUGAUCCUUUUUGCAGAAAUAAGAAUAAAGAGGGAGUCUUAGGACAUAAGUGUGUUCAGAUGAAGAGUUUUUUUCAGAUUUGCUUUUGGUAUAUACUGCAAUCACUUCACCUUGUAGAA